AGAUCGAUAGAUCUGAAAAAACUCAGAUCGUUGUGAAUGCGUUAGUCGCUGCACAGCGGUAUGGGCUAAGAAACAAAUAAUAGGGAGUUUUAGUAAGUGCACGAUAGUGGUUCCAAAAGCACGAUAAUCGAAUCGCGUUAUCCCUUUCGAGUGACCCAUUACUGACUCAUUACUGACCUUGUGUUUGACAGCGUCCUUUACUGUGUGCGCAGAGUGCUUUUGAUCUACUAAAGCUCGCUAAUAAUGUACUGGGUGCUUCACAACAACUACAAUUAUAAGCGAAGGCAUCACGAUUAUCGAGUCGGCGGCAGGAAAGCCUCCUCUCAUCAAAGGUGGAACAGAGCGGAACUGACGUCAUAGCUUCCCCGGACCAACAAUGGGUGCCGAAAGUUGUAUACAAAGCUAUUCAUUACAGGUGAAGACACGAAUUCAUCUCUUUGGUAUUGGUAAGUUCCACCUGGUGUCCCGGACUGGACGCGUGGAAAAAAGCGUGGAAGCCCAUCGCGGUGCUGUCCUCUCCGGAGAGUGGAGUCCAGACGCUACAGCCCUGCUUACAGCCGGCGAAGAUGGACAUAUCAAAAUAUGGUCUCGGAACGGAAUGCUGCGCUCAACUCUAGCGACAAAUUCUCAGCCUGUCUACUGCGCCGUCUGGGGUCCCAACUCGAAGGAGGUCCUGUACGCGCUGGGCCACCACUUAGUGACCAAACCUCUGCAGCCCAACUCGAAACCCGUUCAGUGGAAAGCUCACGAGGCCCUCGUUCUUUGCAUUGCGUGGAAUAUCAAUAGUAACCUAAUUCUUUCGGGUGCUGAAGACUGCAAGUACAAGCUGUGGGACACCUUUGGUCACGCGUUGUACUCGAGUUCUCCUAACGACUACCCGGUCACCUCAGUGGCCUGGACACCCGACGGAGAUCUCUUCGCUGUGGGUUCCUACAACUCCCUUCGCUUGUGCGACAAGACGGGCUGGUCGUACUCGCUGGAUAAGCCCGAUACGCAAAGCAUCUACUCCCUUGAAUGGUCCAGUGACGGAACUCAAGUGGUGGGAGCAUGCGGAAAUGGACACGUCAUUUUCGCUCACAUCGUUGACAGAAAGCUCGAAUGGAAGCACUUCGAAGUGUCCACGGAGGGACGCAAGACGAUGUCCGUCAAAAAUGUCCUCACUGACGUAGUGGAGCGCCUGGACUUCCCGGAGAGCAUCAUCAAGAUGUCUUUCAUGUUCAACCAUCUCGUUGUGGUGACCUCGUGUAAAUGUUACUGCUACAGUACGAAUAACUGGAAUACGCCUCAAGUGUUCGAGUUGAAAGAGGGUAGCAUUGGUCUCGUCGUACAAGCGGAAAAGUACUUUGUGUUGGUUGAAAAGUGCGGAGCUUACCUGUACACCUACGACGGGAAGCUGGUGUUUAGUCCCAAAUGGGCCGCCAUGAGACCCGAUAUGCUUAACAGGUUUACCGUCGCUCUCAGCAACUACCUGCUCGCCAUUCGAGACAAGGCUGACGAGAAAGCUAUUCACGUGUUCGACAUCCAGACGGGAAAACCGGCCGGAGACGGAAAACCCUUCGUGCACAAAUUGGAAGUGACAGAAAUCAAUUUAGACCAGUGUGCUCCCUCAGCGGUACGCAAAUUAGCCCUAAUCGACAAGAACAAGGAUCUGUACCUAGUCAAUCUCUGCGACAACAAAGGAACCAGGGCAGUUAAACUAGGUACAAUGGUGAGCUCGUGUUUCUGGAACGACACGACUAGUAUUCUGGCUGCACUACAAGAUGGAAAAGUGACGGUGUGGAACCAUCCUGCAGUUGCUUGGAUAGAUCGACAGAUGUUACAGCAAACUACCACGGAAAAGGAGAUGAGUGACCUGGGUUACAGUAACCCUCACAUCCAGAGCUUCGUGGGCACCAAUAUCCUGAUCCGUCGCACUGACGGUUCUCUGGUGACUGUUACCAUUCCUCCGUACGCCUCUAUUUUGCAUGGCUACGUCAAUGCUCGCAGAUGGGACGAUGCUCUACGUCUGUGUACAUUUGUCAAGGUGUCGUCUUUGUGGGGUUGCCUGGCUGCUAUGGCCCUGAGCGCUCGAGAGCUGGACACGGCGGAAGCUGCUUAUUCAGCCUUAGACGAAGCUGACAAGGUGUUCUACAUCCAACACAUAAAGUCCCUAUCUUCGGUGAAAGAAGUGCAACUCGCUCAUAUGGCCCUCAUCGCUGGUAACCAGAAGGACGCAGAAAACAUCCUCAUUCAAUCCAAGCUCUGGUUCCGAGCUAUCAUGCUCAAUAUCCAGUUGCACAACUGGGAAAGGGCCCUGAGCCUAGCCAUAAAGCAGAACACGCACAUAGACACGGUCAUAGCGCAUCGUAACAAAUACUUGGAGAGACUCGGGAAGCAAGAAAAGAAUCCUCUCUUUGAGAAAUACGCUAAGAAGGUGGAAAUUGACUGGGAAAAAAUCAACGCGUCCAUAGCAGACGAGUACGAAACGGAAAAGGCGAGGUAGUCACCGACCAAAUCAUAACCGGUUGCGUCCCAAAGUGUCUCUCUCCAUAUUUUCUUCAAUAAACGCACGGAUUCCUUACAAGA